AUGGCAGAGGGGCACCCAGGAAAUAGAGUGAGUGAAGAGGAUGCCCACUUCUUGUGUCUGGUGUCCUUACUGAUGGGUUUCCUGGGCCAGGCUUGGACCUUGGAGGAAGUAGGAAUAGAAGCAAAUGAGAUAGAAAUGGGCUUGCAGGAAGCAGCUCAGGUUCCUCUGGCAGAGCCCCGUUUCCCCUGGGGCUAUGUCCCAGCUGUUUGGGCUACUCCUAAGCAGUCCCUCCAACAGCAGAGUAGGCUUAGGUUGUCAGAGACCCCCUACCAGGUUCUGAACACUGAGUCUCCCCUAAAGGCCAGACAGGUGUGUACCUCUAAGAAGGUCACUACCCAUUUCCUGGCUGUGUGGACUGGAUCUGUGUGGAUAAGUGGCUACCAAGACCCUUAGGAGCAGCUUGCCCUGGAUUGCUGCUGCUGCUGUGCCCACUGCAUCGGCCUGGACCUGGAGGAGCUGGGCCCUGCCUUAGCUGUGCCUCAAGACUCCAAGCUUAGGAUCAUCUUGAGAGCCCACUCCCAUCUCUAGCCCCCACACCUGCUUCUCCUCAAACCCCACCUUCCAUCUUGGUCCCUUCCAGGGCCCCAGUCUAGGCCCUGCCCUUAAACUUGCUGUGGCCAUACCUUUCCUCUCUCCCAUCAGUGAGGCUCCACCUCCUUGCCUGAGUUCUUUGAGAGAGGUGACUAAGACCAAGUAGUUGUGAUUAUUUAACUAGUUUGUAUUUUUUUAUUAGUGUGUAUUUGUGAUACAUGAUGCCUUCAUUUAUCAUGGGAUCUAUCUAUUUAUAUAGCAAUUUCAUCCUUUUUACUUCCUAUUUAGCUAUUUUCAAAGUGUUGCUUUGUAUCAUGAAUAAUGCCUUUUGACAUAUAGCCAGAAUACAAAAGAAUUAAAAUAUGAAGUAAGCAGUACUUUAAGAAACAUGCUUUAGCAAAAAGAGCAUGAGUUUAGGUAAAGGAUAUAUGGUUUUAAGAAAAUUGUUAUUGUUUCUGAACAUAUUAUUGUCAUGUCUCAACAGAAGAUGGUAUCUAUUUCAUAGGAUUUCUGUGAUUAUUAAUUAUGGUCAUGCAUUAAAGUGUCAAGCAUAUUACUUUUUAUACAGGAAUUUGGAAAUGAUAUAUUAUCAUAAAAAUCAGUAUUGUAGGUUUGAGAAGAAUCAUUCAAGUAAAGUUAUAUAGCAGCUACUUAUUAAUAAUCUAAAUUCUUAUAGACCUUUAGUAUUUUCACUCAUUUCCUUUUAGUCUUAAGGAUCAUAUGUUAUAAAGAGCUGUCUGAAGUACUUGUAGGAUUAUGUCAGCCUUUAGGAGACAAAAUUCAGAGAUAUAUAAUAGCUGUCUUUAAAUAUGGAAAGCGCUGUCAUGUGUAACAGGGAUUGUGACUCAAGAGAGCAGAAUUAUGAUUCAAAGUAAAGAGUGGAAAAUUAAUUUUGGUUCAUUAAAAUAAAGACAUUUCCAAAAACAGAAUAAAUGCUGAUCAGCAGAUAUGCAUAUACUGUACAUAACAACUUCAGUUUUUUGGUAUGUGCCGGGCAUUGAGAGUUUUUAUUUAGCUUGAACAUUUCUUUAGCCUGGGAUUCAGCGAAACUAAGCUACUUGGAGGCACAGACCUUAGCUGUUUUGGGAAACACAGAUUUUCAAUGUCUAGGAUCGUGCCCUAUACAUCUGUUGAAAGCAUGAAUGAAUCAGUCAGUUGUUUUUGGAGGUCAUCUGCAUGUUUCAUUCCUGUUUACCAUAAAUUCAGUGCUGAUUUUUGGUACUUUUUGUUUUCAUUUGGGUUAACAGUAACAGAAACUUGGUUGGUUGUUGCUUGAUAAGAAAACAAAGGAAUCAGUGCAGUGUUUCUCAGUAAUGUUCCUAUUAACAUUUUAGGCUGAUAUUGUUUUGGGGAGUUGUUGUAUACAUUGUUGGAUUUUUUUUUUUUUUGCAACAUCUUUGCAAAAAGAUCUCCCCACCUAUAUCAGUUUUGAUAAUAAAAUAUAUACCUAGACAUUACCAUAUGCCCCUUUGGGGGCAAAUUUGCUCUUGUUGAAAUCACUACCCACUUCCCUGGAUUGCUGCUCACUGGAACAUACCCAUACAAUCAGACAAAUCCAGUAAUUAAGUUAAAAAUAAUAGUGUUACUUAAGAAAGUUCAGUUAAAUUAUUUAAAACAAACUCUGCACUAAUAUAAUUUGUAUGUUGAGGCAUGCAUAUAACUUUAUAAUGAAAAAGUCUGUUAUGCUCCUAGAUUUUUACUUUGCUUUGAAUAUUUAUUCAAGUAUGUUCCCAUUGUUCUUUCAUGUUAGUGGAAUCUUUAUGCUGUUUUAGUCCCAUGUUGCUUUGAAAAUUAUUAUAUGUUAAAGUACACAUGGGGAGUGUUCAAAGCAGGGGGUGGUAGAAAUAAACAGUGAAUUGUAACUAUCAAAGAUGAAGAUAGCAUGAGAUGUAAUGGCAGAAAGAGUAGUAGCUGUAGAUAGCUCUCUAAGGGAUAUAGAAACAGUUUUAUUUUAAAAAUUACAUAUAUUUUAAAUUGUAUUUUGGUCUGAAACAAGAAGUUUGAUCAUUUCAUGAUAGAUAUGAUUUCAUAAGUAAUUAUAGUAUAUAUUAGCCAUAUUGGAAGUCAGUCAUGUUUUGGCCCUUCUAAGUUGGACUUGUUGACUCCCUCCCUAAUAUUUAUGUUCAUAUUUGGUUAAGUCUAAAUUAAAGCUUUAAUAAAUCAUUGACUGCAUUAUAUUUUAACUCAGUACAUUUUCUUGUUGCAUCACACUUUAUAAUAAACAUAUCACAGGGAACUAUUCAUAAUCCUGAUUUAAUUAUAAGCUAGGUGUUGCUUUGUUUUAAUAUAUAGGAAUUGCAUACAUAUUGUGAUAGUCAUUUCUAAAAUAUAGUGGCUUUACCAGGCAUUAUUAUAAAGCAGCAUCUGUCAGCAUUUUUGUUACAGACCUAAAUUUAUUUUUAAGGAGUUUCUGACUUGACUUGUUUCUAAAUUGCUUUUGGCUGAAACCUAGUAUAGAAAUUGUCAGCUUAAAUUCAAGUUUUGUUAUAUUAUAGAAGGUAAAAUUGAAGCUCAUGUUUUCAGCUUCUUUAUGUCACAGCAUUUAAAACCCAUUUAGUGGAUUCAGAUGCUUUAAACUUGGUAUUAUUUAUUUCCCAUUAACCCAAUUGAGAAAAUGGAAACUGACAGUCACUUAAAUGGGCUUAUUUCUUUUUGUGUGGUAAAUAGUAAAGAUUUUGAUGGACUUACUUGUAAAGUAUUUGUCAAGUAGUUGCAUUAUGCUUUUUGUUAGAAUCACAUUAUAACAUGAACGUAUCCAUAUAAAGUCUAUAAGUAAGUAGAUCCAGGUUUACUGUGAACAUAGAAAUUUGCAAAAGUACCAGCCAUCAUGUGAUUCUGGAGAUAUGGCUGUGGUUGUAUUUUUCUAGUGGUCAGUAGUUGGCAUUAGUUUCCUUCAUCCUUUCUUGAGUGGUAUUACUGUUGUUACUUUGCAGUCCUAACCUACUCAUUUGCUACUUCUUCCUCUUUUUAAGAGACGCUGCUACUAGUGAGCACUUCUAGUGUAUUAAUUUAAAAUUACUUUUAAAGUCAUUUGAAAACCAAAGUUAUUGCUCAAUACCUGAAUUUGAACCUGAGAUUUUUGGACUCCUCUUCUGAAAGUAAACUUCUACAUAAAAUGAACUUUAUAACUGUAGAAUUUCAUACACAAUUAAAAUUUUGAAAUUAUGAAAGCAUUUAAGGAACAGAGCAUCAUUCAAUUAUUUGCAGGUAUGUACAUCUUAUCCCCAUGUGAAGAAUAUGUGAUAUGUAAUAAAGAACAAACCUUACCAUCUUGUGUAAGAUAGAAGGCAGUUACAUGCAAGUAAUAGACAUAGAGUGAAGAAUGCCUGUUUAUUUAUUUUGUAUUUCAAAGGCUUGCCCAUUUAUAAAUGAUGCACAACACUAAAAAUCUACAUUUAAGUGUACAGGUUUUGUAAAUGUCAAACAUAUUACUUUAGUUAUACCUAAAUUCUGGCUGUUUCCACAUGAAUGAAAUCUUUUUGCAUAUGUUUUAAUUCGUAAUUGUUAUUCUUUAAGAGUAUGAUUUUUGUGUGUAUUUCUUGUACUUGGCCACAUUAACAGUGUUGUUUUAUAUCACUUUUCCUUGGUUUCCUUGAUCUAUGUCUUUUCUUUUGCACAGUUUAUACCUUUGUUUUACUUUUGUUAUAGCAUUGUCUGGCAUUAUUAGUUGAAUUUUGAAUAGUGACAGUGAUAGUUGAUAUCCUUGUCUCAUCUAUAAUAUUGAUGGCAGUGUUUUUCCUCUUUCAUUAUUAAGUAUGGUGUUUGCUGUAGGUUAUAGUAAAUCCUUUUAGCAAGUUGAAGAUAUUUCCUUCAACUGCCAGUUCACAGAGAUUUAAUUCUUUAGAACAAACAUGAUUAUGCUCUAUAAUGACAGGUUAGGUAAUUUGGAUCUAACCUAUGAAGGACAACUAAAGAAACUAGACAAAAUAACAGAGUCUUAAAGUAUCUGGAAGAUGAGCCCAUAGGAAUAAACCUGUUCUCGCAAAGCCACUUGGUUUUUAAAAUUUUUUUAGUUUUUAAAAUUUAUUUAUUUAUUUAUUUUUGAGCCACUUGUUUUAAGGAUGUUGUUGAACAUAGCUUACCAGAUUUGAAGUUGAGUUCUGCAUAUUCUCCACAGGAAGACUCUGCAUCUUAACUCUUGAGUUGGAACCACAAAGGGUAGUUAACAUAGCCCUUUCCAAGAACUAUCAGCACAAUUUUUCAUUAUUGCUGGAUCAGGGAAUCUUAAAUCUACUUAAAAUAGUAUUGGAUUGGUAGCUCUUCCAAAAUCUAGCAGAAACAAGUGGAAGUUCUCCAUGCAAGGGGAUGUCAUCAUCUAGUAUAUAAGUUGUCCAAAAUACAAACUAAGACCAUCACCAUAGAAAGACAUAAGGUACCUUGAAUAACAAAUAGCAAAGGCAGCAGACAAUAGAAAUAGAUUCAGUGAAGAUGGACUAUUGAAAUUGUUAGAUAUACUUUCCUGGCAGGGGAGAUAACAGACUGCAAACAACUUAAGCUUACUAUAUUCCAAGACAUAAAACCAAGAAUGAAAAUUCAUUAAGGAGCUGUAAACUAGAAAAGUUACCUAAAUUUGCAAAAGAGCCAGAUAAUUUAAAAACUGAAAAUAUAUAUCAUUUAAAGCUUAAUCAUUAGUUGUUUGGGGGGGGGGCUGGUUUGUUUUGUGGUGAUAGGUAUCAAACCCGUGGCCUUGAGCAUAGUAGGCAAGCACCCUACCACUAAGCUACAUGCCCUAGUCAUUAGAUUUUAUAUCACAUAACAUGGAAAUGUGGAAUAGUUAAAAACUGGAAAAUCCAAAGAGGGUCAGGGACAUAGAUAUUCAAUGUAAAGAACUAAAUAUCCAGUUUGAAUUCCAGGUUCCAUCUUUAGCUUAUAUAAUAUAUUUGACUUAGAUAGCUUUUGGGAUUUAUCAUUUUUUUUUUUGAAAUGGAUCCUGCUUUGUUAAUGUGAUUUUUACUUAGCUCCAUCUAAAGACUGUUCACAUUUUCUGCUGUAAUUUUCUCUUCUUUUAUUCAGUCAUUCAAUAAAAAUGUUUAGUAAGUAUCUAAUAUUUGCUGUACCCUAUGUUAGAUGCCAGGCAUGGACACAAAGAGCAGUUUGCUCAGGAGAAACUCGAAGACUGCUGUCAAAUCGGCAGUUUGUAGCUAGGUAGCAGAAAGGCUGAAUUCCUGGAAAGGUCUAGUGUUUUGAAAGCCCGGAGUCAAAUAGUUGGCCCUUUGACAGUUAUGUAUGAUUGUGAAUUAUGUUCAGGAAUAACACUGUGUUUUCUAGCUUCUUCAGAAAAUAACCUCACUAGAAGAUAUCUGUAAUGUUAUCCUAAGUGAAAAAUGUAGUAUAAGCUGGGACUGGAAUUCGGAAUUCACUUUGACUCUUCAGAUUUUAAGGUUUGUUUUUGUUUUUGUUUUUUUGCUUUUUCUUUGAAAAGAAAGCUGGAAGACCCAGCUUCUAUCUCUGUGCUACAAAUACUGACCUUACUGUUCUUCCUUAUUCCUUUGUAGUUAUAACAGAUAUCAGGUAUGUCAUUUAUUGUAUUUGAGAUCCACUUACAAAGACAGACAGACAGACAGAGAA